AUGUUUACAGAGCUAAGCAAAAAGAAUCAAAAAUUCUACAAGGACGUUGCUUCAAUAGUUGAGAAAGUAAACAGUAAGUUAAGCACAAUAAAGAGAGAAAUAUACAGAAGAAAGUCACCAAACAGAUUUGUAGGAAUUCUAAACAACACCAUGACGAAUUAUGAAGUGCUAGCUGAUAUAAAUAAAACAACGGAAUUUAUGGAGAAUGAGGCAUUGGGAUGUGUGCUAAUUUGUGAUAUUCUGAAUAACAAGAUCGAUAACUCAGAAAAUAAAGCGAAAUUCAUGAGAGCAAUGGGAGACAGGAUGCUCAGAGAACCAAAUGAUUCCGUGGUUAUCAGAUUAAACACCAUGAAGACCACAGAAGACAGUCUGACCGGAUUCAAAUAUGAAAAGACGCCAAUUCCAAACGUAUUCAGAAUCACAGGUGGUAAAGAAAACUCAGCAGAGAGUAUUAAAAGGCAGGUUUUAACAGAAUUGGAUGAUUUGGUGAAAAUACAAUCAUUUGAAUCGUGUCUACCAGUGCAUUUACUCAGACCAGAAGAGGGGUCCACCGUUAUUGAUGCAACAGCUGCACCAGGAAACAAAACAACCCAUUGUGUCGAUUUGAUGAAGAAUACAGGCGUAAUACACGCAUAUGAAAGAGAUAGGUGUAGAUUCACCGUCCUGAAGAAGAUGAUAAAAGAGUAUGGAGCAACAAAUACGAAAUUAUACAAUAAUGAUUUUCUGAAGACAGACCCAAAAUCAAUUCAGCCUGAUUAUGUGAUUGUGGACCCAUCAUGCUCUGGAUCAGGAAUCCAUUUCAACUACAAGAAAGAUCCGGAGAGACUCGCAAAGCUACAGAAUUUCCAAUGCAUGAUUUUGAAUCAUGCACUGAAAUUUGAUGCGAAAAGAGUUGUCUACUCAGUGUGUUCAUUACACACCGAAGAAGCAGAGGACGUUGUAAAAGAAGCAUUAGAGAAGAACAGCUACUACGAAUUGGACACAAUUAAUGUUGAUGGUGUCCCUCAUGGUGAUCCAGCCUAUGAAUUUAGUGAUAAGGUUCUUCGUGUAGGCCGAAACGAUGGUAUAAGCAGCGGCUUCUUUGCAUGCGUCUUUAUUCGUAAGAAUAAAUGA